AUGAAGCUCCAGGCAUUAGGACUGUCGAUCUCGCUUGUGCAUGACAGAUCAGCAAAGGUGGAGGUAGCGCGAUAUGCACUCUUAACUGUUGAAGAGAAAAACAAAGAGCACCAGCCCGUGUACUAUGUCAGUAGGAUGCUGCAAGGGGCCGACUCCAAGUACUCCCAAAUCGAAAAACUAGCCCUCUCUCUAAUCACCGCAGCCAGAAAAUUGAGGCCAUAUUUUCAGUCGCACCAAGUAGUAGUACUGACGAAUCACCCCCUGAAGCAAGUACUUUCAAGUCCGGAGGUCUCCGGAAGAAUGGUCAAGUGGGCUGUAGAGUUAAGUGAAUUUGGUGUCGAAUUUCAACCAAGACCAGCCAUUAAGGCACAGGCGCUAGCUGACUUCAUUGUAGAGUUGGCAUAUGAUGAAGCGAGUAUCUCUACACCUUCCUGGAGUCUGCAUGUCGAUGGAUCAUCAACUUCGACGGGAAGCGGGGCCGGAAUAGUUUUGGAGAGCCCUGAAGCCGAGGCGCUCCCAACCGGUCUCAAGGUGUCGAAUCUGCCAGAAUAUGACGGGGCAGGAGAUCCACAAGAACAUUUAGACAAAUUCUAUGCCAAGAUUGAUUGGUAUGAUCUGAGUGAUGCCGCAUACUGUAAAGUCUUUCGUACUACACUCUCGAAGUGCGCAUUGGCCUGGUUCAACCAACUGUCCGCUGGAACUAUUUCCAGCCUCGAGCAGUUGGUUCAGCGUUUUUUGCACCACUUCUCUAUGAACAAAAAGAUCCCGAAAACAGCGGCAUACUUGUUUACUGUUCGCCAGAGAGAAGGCGAGACCCUGAGAGACUUCAUGCAAAGAUUCGUAGAUGCGGUUCAUGAGGUCCCUCACGUCAAUCAAGAGUUGUUGGCCAGUAUCGUCCAGCAGAAUCUACAACCGGGAAGAUUCAAGGAAUCUAUAGCCGGCAAACCCCCUAGCACUAUGGAGGACUUGAUUGUACGCUCGCAAAAAUACAUCCGCAUAGAGGAGUCGAACGCGAUGGAUCGUUCCUUCAACAACAAAAGGAAGGGUCGGGAAGAAGAGAAAGAGCCGAAGACGAAGGAGGAACGCAAACAUGUACCUCCAGUUGGUUUCGCCCGCUACACCCCUUUGAAUGCCCCCAGAGGAGAGAUAUUAGUCGUAGCUGAGCGGCAGGGACUGAUCAAUCAAUGGCCAAAAAAGAUGAAGGACAAUCCUAAGAGGCUCAAGUCCGACAAAUACUGUCGUUUCCAUCGGGACAGAGGCCACACUACGGAGGAGUGCCACCAUCUGAAAAAUGAGAUCGAAAAGUUGAUUCAAAGAGGAUAUUUAAAGGAAUAUGUAAAUCAGGGACCGAAGCACCAACCCCGCGAAUCAACCUCCAAACAAGCUGGAAACGGCGACAACCAACCCACGGCAGGGGUCAUCGCCGUGAUUUCGGGUGGCCCCGCUGGGGGCGACUCGGCCAAUGCUAGAAGGGCCCUCACUCGAGCAGCUAGGGGGAGUCAUGCGCAAGCCCCUAUCCAAGUUCACACCAUUAGAUCGCUGCAAGAGGAUGAGAUUUCAUUCGGCAAACAGGACUUAGACCCUACGAGGAAUCAGCACAACGACGCCUUGGUCAUCUCCGCCACAAUAUCUAACUUCUGGGUCAAGAAAAUCUUGGUGGAUAGUGGAAGUUCUGCUGAUAUUAUAUUCCACGAUGCAUAUGUCCAGUUAGGAAUUGAUAAUGCACAACUUCGGAAGGUGAAUACCCCUCUCACGGGUUUUAGCGGGGACAUGAUCCAACCAAUGGGGGAGGUGAUGCUGCCACUAUCCCUCGGUUCUCAUCCAAAAAGAUCCACGAAAUUAGUGAAGUUCCUCGUGGUGAAAGCCCCACCCGCUUACAACGUCAUCUUGGGGAGACCGAGCCUGAACCUCUUCUGA